GUCAGACACGCAGGAGAGAGAAAGGAACCAGCGGAGAAGUAGUCGACAGCAGCAGCAGCAGCAGCUCCCAAACGCGCAGUGUGUGAACUGAACGGGGGCGAAUUUAUUUAAAAAUAAAGGCUGGGACAUCAGUUCCCUGGGACCUGAGCUGGAUUUUGGAUCCCCUGAUGCGAGUGAGUGGUAAAGUGUCCUGGAACAAAAAAUAAAGCGAUGGGAGCCUUUGGAGUGGUCAUAGGGAUUUUACACUGCAUGGGACUCUACAUCCAAUUUAGCGUCUCGUCAAAGCAAGCUGGAUACCCGGACCUAGAGAAUCAUAUCUCCGGCAAUGUUUCAGCCCUGUUCACAGAGGUGCCCCAUGACAUCACAACGCAGCCAGGUCAGGAUGUGGAGAUGGCCUGCUCCUUCCGGGGCAGCGGCUCACCCUCCUACUCCCUGGAGAUCCAGUGGUGGUACAUCCGAAACCACAAAGACUGGAUGGACAAACAGGCAUGGACCUCCAACCAGAUAAUGCCCCAAGAAGAGAUUUCGAGGGAUGCAACCAAAAUCAGCGUCGUGAAGGUAGCUGGGAGUAACAUCUCUCACAAGCUGCGCCUGUCCAGCGUGAAGCCCUCAGACGAGGGGACAUACGAGUGCCGGGUGAUUGACUUCAGCAACGGCAAGGCCAGACACCACAAGGUUCGGGCUUACCUGCAGGUGGAACCAAACCAGAACUCAGAAUCGCAGCACCAUGGCACCGGCCCCCACCCACAGGAGACCAAGGCAGGGAGCCACCAAUCCAACCACGGCAAGCAAGCACCCACAUACAGCCAGCACAAAAGAGGCAGGGAGCUGAAGAAAGGAUCGGUGGAGAAUGCUAAUGACUGCACUGACAGCUGUGUGCUGUAGAGCCAAGGCAGCUGGGCAGCCAGCCCAGACUGCAACUACGAAGUGAACCGCUUCUUGUAAAUUGUAUAAAGGAGUGCAUGUUAAAUAUCUUUAUAAUGAAUGUUUGUUGUUCAUCAGUGGAAAGUCAAGACAACUGUAUUGGGAUUCUUGGAUGGUUUUUGAAGACUGGUACAGGAACAGGCAUGAUCAUUUAUGAUUAAAUCACUCGAUAUUCCUCAUUAUUUACUUCAGUCAAAGAUCAAAGAUGCCCAAAGGGUGAAGCCAAAAGGGGAAAUAUUUCAUAUUAUGGAAAUGAAAGGCCUAUAGUUUCAGAGGCACAAUUUCAAUGUGUUAACAACAUAAAUGAUAACAAAGGAUUUUUAAUAUUUGUUUUGCUUUUACAAAUUGUUGUUUGUGGGGGUAUAUGAAGAAUUAGUUUUUUACAAAGAAUUUUGGUCUCACCCAUAACUGCUUAUCACAUUAAAUAAAUCCUACCUGAAUUACAACUGUUCAGAUAAUGUAAUGUGUGGCAUUGCAUCACAAAAAAAAAAGUUUGUCAUUGAUCUUAAAUCUGAAGUGAUGAUCACUGUGAUUUGUUUGCCAUUUGAUUAUACUUAUUUUCCAAAACUUUAACAAAAAAAAUGGAAAAGAAAGAACUAUAGUCCCUGAUUGUCAUGCUUUCUUUGAUAAGUGCCAGUAUGAUAUAUUCAUCAUAGUCCAUUUCAUCAGGUUUUUUUUUUUGCUUUUUAGAAACUGCAGGGGAAAACAGCAUUAGAAACUUAGAUUUUUUUUUUUUUUUUUGGCAAAAUGACACUAAAGAGAGGGGGGUGGGAUGGGUCAAACAUAUAUUUAUAAAAAUACCUUGAAAAAAAGUAUUCCUAUUGACACUCAAUGGCUUAGGUAUGGAAAGGUAUGCAUCUUCUAAAAACAGCUGUUUGACCGCAGAGAAACCAUUGUCAUACAUAAAUAAAUCAGGGCGCUGCAUACAUUUGGGACCAUAAUCAUGAAUGAACAUCCAGCCAGGUUGUCAAUGAAAAACCAGCACUAUACAUUAUCUAUUAACAGAAUUACAUUGAUUUAGGUUAUGCUGGACCACUGUGAACAUGGGCAUUUACUGAAUAGAAUUAUUAAAGGGAUCAUUAAAAAGACCAUCCACCUUUCAAACCAAGGCUGGCUGUGGACAAUCCCUGUUGGUACAGUAGAUGCCCCAGCUAUGAAGUUAACAUAGACAAUCUGAGACAACGGCAACAUUUGAAAUAAAUAAAAACUUAUAUCACUGAUCCCUCACAAUAAUAAUAAUUAAAAAAAACCUAAUAAAAACUGCUCCUGUUCUAUUUUGGGUGACAGUGUGUUCUUUCUUCAAUGCUGUUUAUUUAUGUAAAUGUACAGUACAGUAUGUUAUCUUAUGUAAUCUUUAUGCUAAUAUUAAAAAGAAAACGUGUCAAUCAA